UCUCUUCUUUAUUUGGUUUAUCUUCUCCACCUCAACACCCACCUCCAUUGUAAAUUUUACUUUUUUUUUUUUCAACUUCCGUCUUUUUCUCUUUUUCUCUUUCUCUUUUACACAUUUUCUAAAAAAAAACAUGAAUAAAGAAAACCCAAUUCAACCUGCUACGGUUCAAAAAGUGUUUAAAGAAUCUUGGAAACAUAACACCACAAAAAGUAAGCAUGUCAGUUACAUAAAUAAAAUAAAAAAAAAAAAACUCUUUCAUCUCACAGAUAAAAAAAAAAAAAGCGUAGUUAAUAAAGACGCGCUUCAACUCUCGUGUGAAUUCCUUCGUCUUUUCGUCACUGAGGCCGUCCAUCGAUCCGCUAAAGAACAAGAAAUUCUAAACUCGGGUGAUACCAUUGACGUUGAACAUUUAGAAAGAAUUCUUCCUCAACUUUUAUUAGAUUUUUGAAAAACACACAAAAUGAUUUU